CAUUUCUCAGGUCCUGUGUCAGAUUUUUUGCUGGAUUUAUUUUCUGUUUUCAAGGACAUAAAUUUUCAGACUGUAUAUACCCGUACUGGCCCUGAGCAGCUGUCUGUUUCACACAGUAGAUAAUUGCCUUGUUUUAAUUGUAUUUUCUGUCCAGCAACAAGAAAAGAGAGGUCAUACAUGUAAAAUUUUAGCUUUUGCUAAACAUUCAAACAUAGUGAGAUGAAGAGCUAAAAGACUUUUAAAACAUUUUUAUAUCAUUAUAUAAUAUGAUACAUAAGUUUCCUGGCACAAAGUGGCAAAUCUCACAAGAUGUGCAAACUUGCAUAAGUUAUGGAGACAGUUUAAACCAGAGAUGUUAUUAUUUUAGUACAUGGGCUACAUGCAAGUCUGGCCCACUUGACAUCACAGUGUCAAGUGGGCUGUAAAACCACUGCAUAAAACCCUAUAUGAAAAAAAACACCUCUCUAACUUUCUCCUUUCUUUAAGUUUAAAGAAGUACUUCCUGAAAUUGUUCACAGUUUGUAUCACUCUUUGGAUUUAAAACCUUAAAUGGUCUUGCACCUGCAUAUGUGGUAAAUAUGCUGCAUCAUUAAGGUCUGCUUAUAUUUGGAAAUAGUGUGAUUUGGUUUUAAAUGUACUAUAUGAAUAAAAUUUACUUACUUUCACCUACUUACAUUUUAACAUUUAAUGAGCCAUCUGCUUACAAAAAGAAUGAAUGUCUUAAUAGUAAUAAUUACACAUUCACGUGCAGUGGGCCUACUAUCAUUACAUGCACUUUACACUUUUCAAGUCACAGUGGCUCUAUAAAGGCAAAAAGCCUUCACAUGUAGAGUUUUUAUGAGUAAAUAGUGUUUUAUGUCUUUAUGACUCAGUUUAUCUUAAAAAAACAAACAAAAAAACAAAACAAACAAACAGGUAAACACUUAAAUUUCUAUAAUAAUGCUGGCAUUGCAUCCCAAACAAUAUCUGGGUAUUUUAUUAAAAAAUGUGUAACUAAUGACUUCGCAGCAAUUUGAAAUCUUCGUAAAGACAUUCAGUGGGCCAUAAUGGUCCCUCUGGCCGGCCAUAUGGUUAAAAUGGUGCAUGGCGCGAAAAUGAAUGUAUGAACACCGAGAUAACAGCGGACAUGUGGGCAAAUCAGAGGCGUUUAGAGUAGGAGUGAGUUUUUAGUGUCCAAUGGCAACAGGCUAUAGUUUGAGUGAUAGUUGUAGUGACCAAUCGCUUUCGUCUAAAACGCCUCUUGGGGGUGUGGUUAAUUUUUUCCAGGACGUUCAUGUUACAUUUUUGUUUAUCUCCACGGGGCAGGCACAGCGCGUGAAGGUGGAUGUACGAUCUUUUCCUCGGAUUAAAACUUAAAGCACUUCCACUGCAGGAAUGGAUGCUACUCAGAUGAUCAGUGACUCAAUCUUGGCGUCAGAUGAGGAAGAUAAUGAAGAGGAGACUGAAAAUAAGAGGGGGCGACCAUUGGCUAAACUGUGCAUCCUGAAAAAUAAACACAUACCUGAGACAGAGUUCCCCCUCUUUUUGGGUGAUAAUGUGCUUGGCCGUGACCCCAACUCCUGCACCCUGCCCUUGCCAGCAUCCUCAGUAUCCAAACAGCAUGCCACCAUCUGUCUUUCUGUCUACCGGAGACAUGGUUAUCACAGUGAAGUGGACAUGGAGGCUUUGGUUUGGGACUUAGGGAGCAUGAAUGGGACCCGCAAGGGCCGCUUAAAGCUGACUCCUAAUGUACGCUAUGCCCUCAGUGAUGGUGACAGUUUGGUGGUGGCGGACAUUCCAUGUCACUUUGUCAGCUGUGGUGUGGACCCUUCUCAAGGGGACACGAGGACACCUAUGAGGCGAAAUUCAGGGGUACAACCCAGGUUGCUAGACGCCUCAGGAGAAAAGGGAGAUGACACAAGCACAGACAGCAAUAAAUGUGUCAAUGGAGGUGCAGAGACUCCUGUCAGAGCCAGUUGCCUGACCUUUGAGCAAACUCCCCAUCAGCCACAGGGGACCUUGGUCCCAGAAUCCGACUCAGACUCAGACAGCGAAAAAGGGGGAAGAGGAGAAAGAAGACCAAAGGCUCUGGUGUCUGAUUCUGACUCACAUAAAUCCAGUCCCAGCUGCUCUUCGUUCUUGAGUCCCCAAACCAAAAUUGUCCCUGAAAGCGAGGAUGAAAGCCCCAUCACACCGUCGUCCUCUAAAAAUAAACCAAACAGAUAUGGCAGCUUCAUUACAGAGGAGACCGAUGUAGAUGUGGCGCGACAGCAGUUGGAGAAAAAAAAGGCGGUUGCAGUUGUGGAGGACAGUGAAGAGGAGGAAGGAAGGGAGAACGAAAGAGCAGCACAGGGGGGGACAGAGUCUACUAAAGGGGAGCAGCGUGUGCCAGUGAAAAAGGAAAGCAGUGCCAGUCUUACAGGAGACAAUGAAUUGUCUACACCAGCAGUCUCGACAGACGCAAUCCCUGCAUUUAACAUGGACAGUGACACUGAUGUGGAGGGAGAGGAAGAAGGAGUGGCAUCAGCAGGGACUGUGACCUUGAAUACAAACCAACAAGUUGAUCAGCCACCAAACACAGUCCAGUUUCACAUGAACAGCGACACAGAUAUUGACGAGGAUGACGACACCUCAGGUAAAGCUCCCAAAAGUCUGCCUUCUCCUGAUAAAAACGCCAAAACUUCUCAUGUUGUUCCAGUUAUUCAGCCUGAAGCCAUCACCAUGGACAGUGACACUGAUGUGGAUGAUGAUGAUGAUGAUGCUGUUGUGUCAGACGCUGCCACAAAAACAGAACCCACUUUAUUUCAGAGUGCGCAGACUGAUGACUCUGCUCCUUCAGUGCAGCCAAAAGACUUCCACCUAGACAGUGACACUGAUGUAGAUGAGAAGGAAGAGGAAGAAGCAGGGGAAUGUGGAACAAAAAAUGAAACGAAUGAAGCACCUAACAAAUUAGAUGCAAAGCUGACUGCACCUAAAUCUGCCAAUGUCGCUCCUGACAGCCUGCAGCUAGAGAGUGACACAGAUGAUGAAGCUUUCCCUGCCACCAGUAAACCCUCAGUGGUUGUUGCUGUUGCAGAAUCACGUGCCACUGCAGAUGCUGGCGCUGAUUUGGAGAUUCGCUCUGACAGCGACACAGAUGUGGAAGAUGAGUCUCCUCUGGUCAUACCUGUUGCUGUCACGACCUUGUCAGUCUCUCCCAGCCCAACUUCAGAAGCUUUUCAGGCAGAUUCUGAUGCAGAUACAGACGUGGAUGAAUCCAGCGCGCCCCCUGCAGGAGGUGAAGCCAGUGCAGAUGACCUUAGAGUGGACGGUGAUGCAGAAGAUAGGAAGUCAGAUAUUGGAGAAGCAGGUGAGGACCAGAUCCCCAGGCUACACAAGGAAAAUACUCCUGGGUUGCUGGCUCCCCUUCUGCAGAACUGCUCCACUCCUGUGCAGAUGUCAGAGGGAGAAGUGGAAGACAUGGAGACUCAGGCCUUCACCAGUCCCUCUUCAGGUGCAUUCAGGCGAGCAGCGGUGCCUGCUGUAAGACCUGUAAUAUUGUCUCCCUGCUCGGACAGCCAGGAGGAUGAGGAUUUUGCUGUGGCUGAGACACAGUCCUUUACAUUUCAGAGCCGAGAUCAGCAGAGCAGUGAGGAACCAACCCAAGCUUUUGUACUUGAGACUUCUUGUGACAAUAAAAAUGACCGGUCUACCAGAGGAGAGUCUUUCCAGCUGGGAUUGUCUGACAGCAGCCACCUGCGGUGUCCAGACCGAGCGCUAGCCAUGGAGAGCACCCAAGCUUUUGUUUCUGUGGAAGGGGAUGUGAAUCUGGAAGAUACCCAAGCAUAUGCAGACAUUUUGGCUGCAGACGGGUCCUCUGCAGAGAAUGACUUGAACCUGGAGGCUGCACAGGACAAUGAAGAACACGAAGAAACAGAGAAAUGCUCAGUAGUGUCUGAAAAGGAAGGUCAGGUAGAUUUGGCCCUGGAAGCAACACAGGCAUAUAUUACAGAUCUUCACAGUGAUCCUGAGGAUGACACAGAUGAAGAUGAGACACAAAACAUGGCUACUUCUGAGACUAAGCCUUCAGACUUUGCCACCUCCUCUACUCUUGCCAUAGCAGAAACCCAACCAAUGUUGCCUAUUGUAGAAGAUGACAGUCUGGCAACUGAAAAUCCAGUUUGCUCUGUACAACAGAUUGAGCCCAGACCCCAGAAGGAAGAUGGUACAAAGGCAGCUCCGCCUCAGGAGAAGCCCCUCAGCGAUGCACAGUCUGUAACUGAAACUCAGCCUAUGUGUAUGAGUGACAAUGAAGAAAGCGAUGAAGACUCAUUUCCAGCGCAGCGAAAAAGAACAGCAAACAAACUGCCAGUUGAAAAAGCGCAGACAUGUGAUCUCACUUGUUCAGAGUUGUCACUCUCUGAAACCCAACCCAUGGCUGCAUGUGAAGAUGAUGAUGAAGACUCAAUGCCAGGCCCACGAAAGAGGAAAGCAAAGCAGCUUCAUCUUGAAGAAGAGGAGACGCAACAGCUCACCAACUCUGAGCUCUCUGCUGCUGAACCGCAGCGUAUGACUACAUGUGAAGAUGAUGAUGAAGACUCAAUGCCAGGCCCACGAAAAAGGAAAGCAAAGCAGCUUCAUCUUGACGAAGAGGAGACACAGCCCCUCGCUAGUUCUGAAGUCUCUGCUUUGGAAACUCAGCCUUUGGGUACAUGUGAGGUUCAGCAAAGCGAUGAAGAGGAUGGGAUUGCAUGCCCUCGGAAAAGAAAAACAAAGCCACUUCAGCUGGAAGAAGAGCAGACGCAGCCCCUCACUAGCACUGAUGUUGAAACCCUGGCAGGAGUGACAGGGAAAAGUAAGAAAAGCGAUGAUGUGGCCUCUGUUCUAGGUCCACAAAAAAGAAAAGCAAAGCAGAUUAAACUUAAAGAAGAGGAGACACAGACACUCGUUAAAUCUGACAUUUCUGCCAUUGAAACUCGGCCGUUGAAAACAAAAACUAGACUAUCGUCUUCGGAAGAAUCUGAAGUUGGAACCAGUGGAGCUUGUGUUCCAAAUUUAAGAGUGACAAGGGCAAAACUGAGAGAAGAGGAAGAGCAGGCAGAGUGUUCUGCACAUUCAAAGAGACAGACUAGAGGAAGAAGAGGGAAACCUUUGUCUGAUGAUGACAAUAAGGAAAAGGUAAAGCAAGCUAAACAAGUUAGAGGGAAAAAAAUGAAGCAACAGAAGCAUGAUGGUGAGGAAGAGGAUGAAAACCCUGGAAGAGAAAGAAACAAGCAUGCUGCGAGUAAGAGCCUGAUAAAGGAACAAGAAGAAGGGAAAAUGAGAGAGGAGAAAGAUGCUGCGGACCUCAGACAAGAGAGAGAAAAUGACAAAGAAAGGUCAAUUGAUGAAAGAGAGCGAGAGCAGGAUGAGAUGGAAAGGCAGCAUAGGACAGAAGACGACAAGUUAGAAAAUGAAAGAAGAGCAAAUAAACAAGAAAGAUUGCAGGAUGAAAAAAAUGCGAGAGCGGAAGGAGAAGAGAAACCAGAAAGAAAAAUCAAGGAGAAAGAAGAGAGAAUAGGCUCUGAAAAGCUUGAAACAGAAGUUGAGAGGUUAGAAAGGGAACGAAAGGAACAAGAAAAAGAAAUGGCAAAGAGGGAACUAAUAGAGAGACUUGAGAGGGAGGAAAAGGAGGAGAGGGAGAAAUUGGAGAAAGAAAAAGAACUACAAGAAAAGAGAGAGGAACAAGACAAAUCCAAAACACCUGCCAGAGGUCGGAGAGCAGCCAGAAGGACUAUUGCUUCACAGUGCACAACAGAGCCAGAACAAGACUCGACCGUAUCAACCAAUGAUGAUUUCCCUGCAAGAAGAACCAGAUCACGCUCAAACUCUUCCAACUCAGUCAGCUCAGAGAGGUCUGCUUCAAGUGUCAGCACCCAGGACAGCAAGGGCAGAGGCCGAGGGAGGGGCAGAGGAACAAAGAGGACCAGUGAGCCACCCCAGACACCCAUCUCCAGAAGCAGCAAUCGAAGGACCACUGUGGCUGCAGGGACCACAGAGCAGGAGUCUAACUCGUCCAACUCACUAAACUCUGAGAUUUCAAGUUGCAGUGUGAGCUUUCAAAACAGAGGAAGAGGAGGCAGGCAGCGAGGAAGAGGGAGGAAAACAGAACAUGACCCAGACUCCAUCCCUUCUAUCAGUCAGAGUCAAAGUGAUCAUAAGUCAACACCUAUAACUACAGCCAGAGGCAGAAAGAGCAAGAAAGCAGAGGACUGUUCUAAUGAUGCUGUCCAUGAAGACGAUAAACAGGACUCUCAGCCGGCUGUCACCACUAGGGGGCGACGACAAGCCAGCGCAGCUACAGAUGAGAAAGAGCAGUCGAAGCAAGCAUGCGCCACCGAUGAAUCACUAAUAUCUAAAAGUUAUGUCAGGGGUAGAGGUCAGAGAGCAGUAAAGAGUGAAACUGUAGUGAGACCAGUAGCUCCUACGGUCAGUGAUGGCGAUGAAGCUAAAGAUAAAAGAAAAGGAAGGAGGGAGCUGGAGGUAAAGGCAGGAACAGAUUUCAGGUGCAGCAAAGGGAAAGAGAAAUCCCCAAAAACAGAAACAGCCGAGGAAGAAGGGAGAGAUGAAACAAAAGGUGAGAUUCCUGCGAGUUUACAAGGGAAGAAAAGAGGUAGAGCAUCCACCACUCAAGCGAAGAAGAAUGCAAAAGAGUCUGUCUCUGAGGGGGAGGAGAAGGAGAGUGAAGAAAUGGAGGUUGAGACUGUUAAGAAGAAAGUCAGAGGUCGGCCAUCAGUGGUCUCAAGAAAGAAGAAAGAGGAGCUCGAGGAAAGUGAAACAUCUUUAAUUGGCACGAACCAAGAUGCAAAUGUGGAGGCAUCAGAGCAGCCCCAGACUCCAACCAGCAAUGUGUCCCGGAAGCGACAAGCUCCUGCAAACUCCUCUCCCAUGGCGAAGACCCCUCGCUCCUCCUCUGCUUCCCCAGCAGCUAGUCCUCGACUACGAGCUGCAAGCCAGGCUUACAAGGUUCUGUUCACGGGGGUGGUGGAUGAAGCAGGGGAGAAAGUGUUGGCACGUUUAGGCGGCAGCAUGGCUAAAGACGUGGCAGACAUGACCUGCCUGGUGACUGACAAAGUGCGCAGGACUGUCAAAUUCUUGUGUGCUCUAGCCAAAGGUGUCCCAAUCGUCACCACAGACUGGCUGGAAAAGAGCGGCAAAGCUGGCAGCUUCCUGUCUCCCACUGCUUUUAUUGUUAAGGAUCCAGAGCAGGAGAACAAGUUUAAUUUCUCCUUGCAUGAGUCUCUGAGGAUUGCCAGCAGCCAGCCUCUCUUAGAGGGAUAUGAGGUCCAUGUUACAAAGUCGGUUAAACCAGAGCCAGUUCACAUGAAAAACAUCAUUUCCUCCAGUGGAGCUACCUUUCUACCAAAGAUGCCCUCUUCUAAUAAGCCUCACACUGUAGUGAUUUCCUGCGAGGAGGACUGGCCUCUGUGUCGCCCGGCUCUGUCUGCGUCUCUCCCUGUCGUCACUGCUGAGUUCAUCCUCACGGGGAUCCUGCAGCAGAAACUUGAUUUUCAGUCCCAUACACUCUCGCUCUCCACAGCUAAUGUGCAACCUGCAGGGGGCAGAGGAAGGGGCAGGAGGCAGACUUAGUACCACCGGGGUAUGCUGUAAAAGCCUGCAAAAAAAAAAAAAGGUGACUGUGGUUGUAUGAAAUCUGCAGCGGUGGGGUCCGUCCAUCAUUUGUGGAUUCACUUUAAAACUGUAGACCGGCAAAACACCUGUGAGUUGUUCGACUGUAUGAAAGACUGGAUUGAAUGUAUUGUUGAUUGUUCUCUCUCGUAAAUGAUGCAUUGUGUACGGACGCCGUCAGUGCUGGAAGAAUGUGCACUAUUUUACCGUCUGUCAUCAAAUAUUUAAAAGUUAAUUUUAUGACUUUCCAAGAGAAUGAUGUGAGAAACAAAAACAAAAACAAUGGAAACUCACUAAACAGACAGGAUGGUGAAAACUUGUUUCUAGCCUUUAUUUACUCUUAGUGCAGUCUUUUCUUUUUCCGUGUACAUAUGAAAACAGUGUAACUGUUAAAGCUACCUCUCGUCUGCUCCACCCCCCCCUUUUUUUUUUUAAUAUACAGAAACAAGCAGAGCAGGAAAUUAACACUGCUAAACUGCUGGUACUCUCCAUGUGUGCUAACUGCUUCAGGUCAAUCAGCCUGUUUGGCAGGUAACCAACCUUGAAGGGGGUGUUUGUAUAAAUCAUGUUGGAUGGGAGAAUAGAGAUGGUGAUGGGGUCUGUUAUGAAAUCCAAAAGCCUUGUGGUCAGUAGAGUAAAAAAAAAAAAUUGUUUCCUGCCUUUGUAAGAAGUAUAUAGUGCCUUUUUAAAUGGAGAUAAUCAUGAAGCUACCCAUGUUUCUUUUUUCCUGUAUGCAUUAACCACCACCAUCUACUCCAUUAAGGGCUAAUCUCAUCCUGUUUCUCCACAGAGAAUAAACAUGCUGCUUCUGCAUCAACAUCUUAUGGUAUUUGUCUGUUCACUCUAUAUGUACAUGUGCUUGUUUUUGUAAAGACUACAUGAAGCUCAUUUCUGUCCUGACCCCGUCACUGGUGUUUUAAAAAUGGACUCAUUAGAUUGUCACUUUUAGAAUUGUUAACUUUCUAAUGCCUUAACUUGAAACUUGUAUUUGUAUCAAAUAAUGGGAUUUGUCUGCAUUAUCAAUGAAAACAUUAAAUAUUGUC